CCGGUCAUGUGACGUCACGUGAAAAACCUAAAUUGCGGCGUCGUAACGUGGUACAUGCAACAACGUCGCACCAAAAAAUUGUUCUUGGCGGAAAUAAGCCACCGUAAUAAUUCCGUCGACAAAUAUCAUUUCUUUCCAUGCAGUUUAGUGCUGAUAACAUUCUGGCAUUUACUUAAUAGUAAACGUAACGAAUGUGCCGCCUGUGAAUCGGAAUUUGCUUUACUGCCGAAGACCCAAAUCUUCAAAAUGAAUGUCCGAUGUGCAAGGCCGGAGGAUCUGCUUAACAUGCAGCACUGUAACUUGCUGUGUCUCCCUGAGAACUACCAGAUGAAAUAUUACUUCUACCAUGGCCUCUCUUGGCCACAGUUGUCCUAUGUGGCUGAAGAUGAGAAUGGCAAGAUUGUGGGCUACGUCCUCGCUAAGAUGGAAGAAGACCCAGACGAGUUGCCUCAUGGUCACAUUACAUCAUUGGCUGUUAAGCGGUCACAUCGACGCCUUGGUCUAGCCCAGAAACUUAUGGAUCAAGCCUCACGGGCCAUGGUGGAAUGCUUCAAUGCCAAAUACGUGUCUCUCCACGUCCGGAUGAGCAAUCGGGCUGCCCUGCAGCUGUACCAGCAUACUCUGAAAUUCUCAAUCAGUGAGAUUGAGCCCAAGUACUAUGCUGACGGGGAGGAUGCAUAUGCAAUGAAGAGAGACCUGAGUCACAUCCCAAGCCUACAGAGGAAAGCAGUAAUGAAAGAGAUCAAGAGCUCCGAGAAGGAGGACGAGAAAUCCGACAGGAUUCAAGAGAACCUAGACUCCAAGGCAGUAGUCAUGGCCAAGGACAGGAAGCCCAGUGACACAUCCCGUCUGGAAGAAAAAGACAGAGGUCAAGGCAAGAACGAGAACGGCACGGGGGGAACUGCCAGGGGCAAAGGGGGCAGCGAGCACCGACCAGGGGAGAAAUCCAAACGUAGCCGCAAGAAAGCACGUGAUGCCGCAGCAAGGGCUGAGGAACGGUCCAAUGAGCUCAAGGAGAAGAAAGACAAAAGCAAGGAUACCGGCUAACAGUAGUCUUUGUCUCCCCUAUUUGAAUUUUUUGGGGUCAAUCUUGUACUGUCCAAAGUACCCAGCUCAUUACAUGCUGUGCAGUCACAUAUUCCUAGUCCAAAAUACAGUAGAGGAGGCUAGUCGAAGCAGUUUCUCCUCAUUCAGUGUCAAUUUCUGCAUGCAUUUCAACACCUAAAAACAUGUUAUACAGGGAAUAAGUUGUUUUCAGAAAAUUGAUUUUCCCUUUUGCAGUCAAAAAUGGACAGAACAAAAUUUACCUGUCAUUGUAACAUCAAAAUCACUCAGUGGUCUCUGAAACCUCUACGGUGAUACAAAUGAAGAACAGGGUACUUUCUGUUGUCUUGACAGUAACUGACUGGUCCCCUUUUAAAAUGUUUUAUGCCAUAUGCAGAGUGUUUAAUGAAUACAGAGUGGUUACUGAAAGUCUUGACCUUUGCAUGGGCAGUGUGAAUACAAACUUUGCUCAAUCAGACAGCACAAGCUGGGUAGUUUUUGUAUGAUGCACCAUUCAGCACUGAGUAUGAGUUUGGAACAUUUUAUUUGUGACCAGCUCUGCGAAAAGGUGUAUUUUGUGACUUUUUCUGCAUUUGAGUUAUAUAUAUAAUCAAAUUGCUCGCAUCCUAAGCUUUCAUUUGAUUUAUAAUUCAUUCCAUUGGCAUUUUGCAUUUUGGAGUUAUUUGCCAUUUGUAUAUUCAUAUAAUUUCAUUUUAUCACACAUGCUUUGUAAGAUAAUGCCCUUUAAACUUAAACAGAAACAUUAAACUUACAAUAAAUACUUGGUUUUCCUUAGUAACAGAGGCUUUCUGGUCAAGCAAUUGGCCUCAAAAUAUUUCCCAAUAUUUUCACUCUCGGCACAUGGAAUAUGCAGUUAAGCAUUUUUGCAUUGCACAUCUUUAAUACACCUUUUUGCAGAGCUGGAGCAGGUCACACUUCAUGUUCUGGCUUGACUUGUAUAUUUAAUAUGCAAGUGCUUAAUUCAACAGCAUGUGUUUAUAAUCAUGGUUGAUUCCUUUUGAAAAGUCCAAACUUAAAUCAUCUUAGUUCUGACAAAGAACUCAAGCACAAGACAGCCAAUAGAUUGUCGUCACACUUAAUGUGACUGGGCAUGUUGCAAGAUUGUGUCAUUAGCUGUAUACCUAGAUUUUUAAUUAAUGUUAAAUUCCCUGAACACAUGGCGUCUGGCAAUCAGAAUUCCCGUCAGAAUAAUCAUUGCUUCUUUUUCAUGCUGAUUAUUAUUUUGCAAGAAAAUAACAUUGACACUGAAACUCA